ACGAAUUCCCCAGUGCUCUGGUGGUAUACUUGGUCCCUGAUCCCCAGCGGGAUCUGACACCAACUCCGUCGCUCGUCUUCCUCCUCGAGCGAGCGCCGGCACCCCCUCCCGCUCCCGUUCCCGAGCGCUCCAGCCCCCUCGCUCCGUCGCUCGUCUUCCUCCUCGCGCGAGCGCCACCACCGCAGGGAUUCCACCAUUGCCGGAAGAGAAAGAUCGCUCCUGCGGUGGCGAGUAGAGGUUCCACCAUUGGCAGCUGAUUCUCAAGGAGCAGGAUUCUUACAUGAUCCCUGUAAACAGGAGGGCAACUCAGCCUAGAGCUGGGAUGGAGUACUUCGAUGCUAGGCGCAAGCCACAUAAUGUCGGGAAAGUCAUGGUGGCCCUGGUUGUCAUAGUGCUCUGUAUAUUUGUUCUGAAGCAAUCUCCUGGUUUUGGUGGCAAUAAUGUGUUUUCUCGCCAUGAACCUGGGGUUACCCAUGUCUUGGUGACAGGAGGAGCUGGCUAUAUUGGUUCACAUGCCGCAUUACGUCUGUUAAAGGAUAAUUAUCGAGUUACCAUUGUGGAUAAUCUUUCUAGAGGAAAUAAGGGAGCAGUAAAGGUUCUCCAAGAAUUGUUUCCGGAGCCUGGGAGACUUCAAUUCAUCUAUGCUGAUCUUGGGGAUCAAAAAUCUGUCAACAAGGUAUUUGCUCAAAAUGCAUUUGAUGCUGUGAUGCACUUUGCAGCUGUUGCCUACGUGGGUGAGAGUACAAUGGAACCUCUUAGGUAUUAUCACAAUAUUACAUCGAACACCUUACUGAUUUUGGAGGCUAUGGCUUCUCAUGGAGUCAAGACCCUUAUUUACUCUAGUACCUGUGCCACCUAUGGAGAACCCGAGAAGAUGCCUAUAAUAGAAACGACACCUCAGUUGCCAAUUAACCCCUAUGGAAAAGCCAAGAAAAUGGCAGAGGACAUCAUACUAGAUUUCUCGAAGAGAACGGAUAUGGCUGUCAUGAUUUUAAGAUAUUUCAAUGUUAUUGGAUCAGACCCAGAGGGAAGAUUAGGUGAAGCUCCUAGGCCUGAACUACGAGAGCAUGGAAGGAUCUCUGGGGCAUGCUUUGAUGCAGCAUUAGGAGUCAUUUCAGGAUUGAAGGUUAAAGGAACAGAUUAUUCUACAGCUGAUGGAACCUGCGUAAGAGACUACAUUGAUGUCACAGAUCUAGUAGAUGCUCAUGUGAAAGCACUCAACAAGGCAGAGCCUAGUAAAGUUGGCAUUUACAAUGUUGGCACUGGAAGAGGUCGUUCAGUUAAGGAGUUUGUGGAUGCCUGCAAACAGGCAACUGGGGUUGACAUCAAAGUAGAGUACCUCAGCAGGCGGCCAGGAGACUAUGCCGAAGUAUUCAGUGACCCUGCAAAGAUCAACAAGGAGCUAAACUGGACUGCGCAACAUACCGACCUCAAGGAGAGCCUGUCGGUCGCAUGGAGAUGGCAGAAGUCGCAUCCGCAUGGCUAUGGGGCAAACUAAAUACAGCCUGCCAGCCAAUAACUCCGCUGAAAUCUCGAUACAUAUGAUUCAUUAGUUAGUGUGGUAUAGGAUCCUGGUGCUAUACUCCUUCCAAAGUCUGCUUCGUUCUUACACCUUCUCUUCUUUUUUCGUUUUUCAAAGGUUUGUCUUUUGCUAGCGCAAAUGUAAUCAGCGAUCCGGGUAUGCUGGAAAUCCUGGAAGCAGUCCUGCAAGAGGAGAUUGUUGAUCAAAAGAAUUGUACAUCUCUUCUGCCAUUCCAAUCUUUACUGUUGUUAUCUCCGAAACGGGUUGUGAAUUUCCUGAUGUGUUUGGCUGCAUUGUUCUAGAGCAACAUGGUCGUGCAACAUAUCUACCCGUUUCCUUUCAGCA